UCCACGCCUCCGCCUCCCGCCACCACCAUUGCGUCACAUGGAAAUGGUGGACUGCUCGCUGGCCGCCGCCCGGGCCCCGCGCCCGCUGCCGCCCCGCCGUCUCACCGUCCCAGGCAGGCCGCCGGUUCUUGGCGCCGCCGGGGGCUGCAGCCGGCUCCGCGUGCGGUCGGAGAGAAGCACGGAGCGUCCGACGGCAGCGUCGGAAGGCGACGGCGGCCGUGCCGCCCUGGGGAAGGCGGCGGCGGGGCUCGCCGCGGCCGCCGUGGUGUCGCUGACCGGGUUCGCCGCGGAGCCCCUCCCGCCACCGGCGUCGGCCGAGUCGCUCACCGUCGCGUUCCCCGUCUCCAAGGCCCGCGAGGUGAACCGGGUGCAGAGGACGCUGGUGGAGGCUUGGGGGCUGAUCCGUGAGACCUUCGUGGAUCCCACCUUCAAUCACCAAGUGAACUUACUUGCCCCCAAUGUGCGAGAUCAUGUAGAUUGGGACAUGAGGCUGCAGCAGACCAUGGUGGAGAUGUUCCCGCUGAAAUCGGAGGAUGCCGCAUAUGGCAAGAUCAGAGGGAUGUUGUCCACACUCGGUGACCCGUUCACCAAGAUCAUCAGCCCCAAGGAAUACCAGAGUUUCAGGAUCGGAAGCGACGGGAAUGUCCAAGGAGUUGGGGUGUUCAUAAACAGGGAGCCUAGCUCUGGACGCUUGCUUGUUAUGGACUGCAUUGAGGGUGGCCCAGCAGACCGAGCAGGCAUACAUGGAGGCGAUGAACUAAUUGAGAUCGAUGGGAAGAGUGUAUUUGGGUUGGAUGGAGAAGCUGCAGCUCAGAGACUUAGAGGUCGUGUUGGAACAACCGUUAAAGUGAAAGUGUUGGAUGGCACUGAAAAUGAAAGGAAUGGCAGUAUAAGACAAAAGGAGGUCCAGCUAUCUCGUGAGGUUAUCAAUCUUUCACCUCUAUCAGCUACAGUUAUCUCUCAUAGGUCGAACGAUGGCCGUGAGUGCAAAACUGGGUAUGUUAGGCUAGCUGCCUUUUCUCAGACUGCUGCGGCUGAAAUGGAAAGUGCCAUUAAGAAGAUGGAGAAUGAGGGUGUCCAAUCAUAUAUUUUAGAUCUGCGAAAUAAUCCUGGUGGUCUAGUAAAAGCAGGUCUUGACGUGGCUCAAAUGUGGUUGGAUGGAGAUGAAACUCUUGUCAACACUGUUGACCGUGAGGGAAAUGUGCUACCAAUAAAUAUGGUCCAGGGUCAUUCUUUAACACAUGAUCCUCUUGUCAUACUUGUCAAUGAAGGAAGUGCGAGUGCAAGUGAAAUCUUGGCAGGAGCAUUACAUGACAAUGGCCGUGCUAUUUUGGUUGGACACAGAACUUUUGGUAAAGGAAAAAUACAGAGUGUGACUGAACUGGAUGACGGCUCUGCUCUCUUUAUCACGGUCGCAAAGUAUCUUUCUCCAGCACUGCAUGAAAUCGACCAAGUAGGCAUCCAACCUGACAUACAAUGCACCCCUGAAAUGCUAUCUUUGCCAAGAGCACCUCCACUAAAAGAGAACAACGAAGCCACAAGUCUGGAGAUGGACUCGUGUAUCAUGGUGGCCGAGCAAGCAUUGGAAAUUGAGAAAUCAAACGGAUCUGCUUCGUAGGUACUUCUGUAAGCCAGAAUCAUUUGUAUGUCCACAUUAGUAGGUCAGGUUCAUAGUAACUUCUGCAGAUGAAAUUCAGCAUAGCUCCAUGUAUAAUAUUGUAAUCUACCAUAGAUUGUAUAGUUAAUAGUAUAGGCUGAUCCUGUGGUGUUCGAUUAUAGGUAAA